CGCCAUAAUCACUUCCUGGGAUCUGUCAAUGAAAAUAAUUAAAAAAAAAUAAUGUCGAGAUUAAAAAUACUGGAAACUCUCCAGUUGUUUUCCAGACACAGAUUCCCUCUAAAAAUUGUAAAUAGUGAACUGUUGUCAAAGGGAUCAAUUUUUCAAUGUGGGUUAUGUGAUAGAGUUAAACCUAACCUCAAAUUGUCACUCUCGGCGCUAAAUUCAAGGAAUUUUUCAACUGAGAAUUCAGAAAAAACUCAUAUAAAUGUAGGUACUAUAGGGCAUGUAGACCACGGAAAAACGACACUAACAGCUGCUAUUACCAAAGUCCUGCAAAAAGAUGGUCUUGCAAAGUUUGUAUCAUAUGAUGAAAUUGAUAAAGCUCCGGAAGAGAAAGCUCGUGGAAUUACCAUCAAUGCUGCUCAUGUUGGUUAUACAACCAAAAAGAGGCACUAUGCACAUACAGACUGUCCUGGCCAUGCCGAUUUCAUUAAAAAUAUGAUCUCAGGGGCUUCCCAGAUGGAUGGUGCAAUAUUAGUGGUAGCAGCCACUGAUGGCCAAAUGCCUCAAACUAGAGAACAUCUUUUGUUAGCUAAGCAAGUGGGGGUGCAAAAAAUUGUUGUUUAUGUAAACAAGGCAGACUUAGUGGACAAGGAGGUAUUAGAAUUGGUGGAAAUUGAAGUAAGAGAAUUGUUGGAUGAAUUUGGAUUUGACAGUGAAAAAUCACCGUUUGUUUGUGGGUCUGCUUUGAAAGCUUUAAAUGGUGAAGACACAGAAAUUGGGGAAAAAUCUAUCAGGAAACUUUUAGAUGUGCUUGAUGAAUAUAUUCCAGUUCCUGAGAGAGACUUUAUGUCACCAUUUAUGGUACCUAUUGAUAACAUGUUUUUGGUACCUGGUAGAGGUACUGUCGUUGUUGGAACCAUUUUCAGAGGUAUUGUUAAGAAAAACGCAGUCUCUGAGUUGGUAGGUUUUGAUACAAAAAUUAAAACUUCCAUUGGAGAUUUACAAGUGUUCAAAAAAAGUGUGCCAGAGGCUAAAGCAGGGGAAAAUGUUGGUAUAUUACUCAGAAAUAUUAAAGUCAAGGACAUUGAAAGGGGGAUGCUUUUGUGUGAAAUGAAUAGUGUAAAGUUAUCAAAUAGAUUCACAGCAAGUGUGUACUUUUUAUCAAAAAGUGAAGGGGGCAGAUCAAAGCCCAUUACAGGAAAAUACAUCCAACAGUUAUUCAGUAAAACGUGGAGUAUAGCGUGUCGCGUUGAUUUAGAUGCUGGUGUGGAAUUGAUAAUGCCUGGAGAACAUGGAAAAGUUUAUUUAACUCUUCUGUGUAAAAUGGUUAUGACACCUGGUCAGUGUUUUACUAUUAGGGAAAAUAAAAUUACAGUUGCAACAGGAAUUAUCACAGAAACUUUGCCUGAAGUUGUUAUUACUAAGAAUUUAGGAAAAUUAGAGUUGAGCAAUGCUUAAUAAGUUUUAAUAAAGAAUUUGUAACAUUG